GGACACCAUGGCCUUGCGCUGGUGGUGGCGGUGCGGCCCCGGUUCCCGCUGGGAGCAGCCGCUCGGCUCCCUGCCGCGCCUCCGCCCGCCGGGGCCCGGGGCCCGCACCCCGCUGCUGCCGCCGACCCCCAGCGCGGCGAUUUGUCACUUUACCCAAAGAAAUUCAACGUUGUCAUUUCCAAAAAUAUGUAAUAUAUUUUGGCGGUUUCAUCAUACAAGUACCUCCCACUGGUGCAGCUGCAGUAAAACAGUUAGUAAUGAAAAAUACCAAGACCCUUUUCAACUUGGUAGAAAAGACUUGAAGAAUCUCUAUGAAGAUAUUAAGAAGGAAUUACUUGUAUCUGCUGCAGAAUUUAAGGAAAUGUGUGAUUAUUACUUUGAUGGGAAAGGAAAGGCCUUUCGACCAAUGAUUGUGGUGCUAAUGGCAAGGGCUUGCAACAUUCACCAUAAUAAUUCCAGGGAGGUGCAAGCAAGCCAGCGCUCUGUGGCCAUAAUUGCUGAGAUGAUCCACACAGCUAGCCUAGUUCAUGAUGAUGUUAUUGAUGAUGCAAAUUCUCGCAGAGGAAAAAUGACAGUCAAUCAAAUCUGGGGAGAGAGGAAGGCUGUUCUAGCUGGUGACUUCAUCCUCUCAGCUGCUUCCGUAGCUUUAGCACGAAUUGGAAAUACCACUAUCAUCUCUGUUCUAACUCAGGUGAUUGAAGAUCUGGUGCGUGGUGAAUUCCUCCAGUUGGGUUCCAAGGAAAAUGAGAAUGAGAGAUUUGCUCACUACCUCGAGAAGACUUUUAAGAAGACUGCAAGUCUCAUAGCAAACAGUUGUAAAGCAGUUUCAAUUCUAGGCUGCCCUGAUCCCAAAGUUCAUGAGAUUGCAUACCAGUAUGGGAAAAAUGUUGGCAUAGCUUUUCAGCUAAUAGAUGAUGUGCUGGAUUUUACAUCAUGUGCUGACCAUCUGGGGAAACCAGCAGCAGCAGAUCUCAAGCUUGGAUUAGCCACAGGCCCUGUCCUGUUUGCUUGUCGACAGUUUCCAGAAAUGAAUGCUAUGAUAAUGAGAAGAUUCAGUAAGCCAGGAGAUGUUGAACGUGCUCGGAAGUAUGUGUUGCAGCAUGAAAUCCACACAAUAAAAGUUAAAAGGUCAUGCAUGAGCUCAGUUCCUUCAGCUGAAGAGUAGCUGUAUCCAACAACUGGUGUAAGCGGCAUGUAAUACCAGUCUUGGAACUGCAGUACACACUUCGUAUCAGUUUAAAUUUGCUCUGGUCUACACAGACUGAAUGUGCAAAAUAAAUAUAUUUUUUCAGGAAAGCUUUUUUUUUAAAUCUCUAUUUAGGACAGGGAGGAGAGGUUAAACUAUUAGUUCUUAAUCCUACUGAAUAGUAUGUUAUUAAUACCAGUGUUGUUUUGUAAGUAUACUCAAGUUUAGCAUGGGUAAGUUUUAGUAUUUUGACACUUUGGAGAAGAGAUGAAGGAUUCAAUGAACACAGAAUCCUCUUCCUUUACCCUUCAGAAUAUAACUAAGUGUUCAGGGUACAGAGUGACUGUAAAACUUCUCGUAACUGGAGGAGGCAGGAGGGAGGAUAAUCAAUUACCCAUUACCUUUACCUGUCUUCCCACAUAAGAGUGAUGGUGUGCAGCAAACAACCUACCUCGCCCAGCGCUACUGCCAUGAAGCUACACGAGAGAUCAGUAAGCUACGACCAUCCCCUGAAAGAGAAGCCCUCAUCCAACUGACAGAAAUGGUGCUCACAAGAGACAAGUGAGAG